UGAGAGUUGAGAUCUGAAAGAGACAAGGAGUCUGGGAAGAGCCUUCAAGAUAGGAAGCAACCUUAGCAAUGGACUUUUUCCCCAUUUUUUCCCAUUUUUCCCAUUCCCAUGGCCUGGGGGAUAUGGCUCUUUCAAGAUAAAGAAAAGAGCAUGAAGAGUUGUUUGAAGUGAGGCUGGAGAAGUAGGAAGGUGCCAAACCAAGCAGAGCUUUGGUGUUUUCUCAUUAGCCCAAGAGCAGUAGGAACCCAUUGAAGUAUUUAAGCUAAGUGGUAAUGUGAUUGGCUUUACAUUUCCAGAGCCUUAGUCUAGGUAUAGUAUGGAGAAUGGUUUGAAAAAGGCAAAAGUGGUUAUGAGUAAUGGAGUAACGAAAAGAAGGAAUGUUAGGAAGUGGUUGUGGAGAUAGGGAGAAAUGGAAAGACUUAACUGAUGCUUAGGAAGUAAAAUGGACAGGAUAAGUAGGAUGGAUGGGGAAGGAGUUAUCAGGGAUGAUUUACAGUUCUCUUACCUGCAUGGAUGGAUAGAUGUCACUCACUGAAUUGGGAAAAUUUAGAAGUUUGGUUUUGUACAUGAGAUGAUAUAGUUGCCUUUGAGAAAUUGAAGAGCUGUAAAAGGAUAUGUAGGGAUCUGGAGCUCAGAUUUGAUGCCUAGAGUAGAGAUAAAAAACUAGAGAUAAAUAUUCAUCUAGCAAUGAUCAUUAAAACCAUGCACAUAAACAAGUGAAGAGGGCCUGGGAUGGAGUCUUGAAUACCUACUGACCAGGUUAGGGGAAGAUGAAUCUGCACAGAAGAUCUAGGAGCAGUGUUCAGAAAGGGAGGAAACUAAAGGAGAAGAUGCUGGAGCCACAGGAGAAUGGCUUGAUUGACCUACCAGAUUAUGAGCAUGUAGAAGAUGAAACUUUUCCUCCUUUUCCACCUCCAGCCUCUCCACAGAGAGAAGAUGGUGAAGGAACUGAACUUGAUGAAGAGUCAGGGAGAGGAGUACCUGUUCCUGUACCUCCAAAGAGAACAGUUAAACGGAAUAUACCCAAGCUGGAUGCUCAGAGAUUAAUUUCAGAGAGAGGGCUUCCAGCAUUAAGGCAUGUGUUUGAUAAGGCGAAAUUCAAAGGUAAAGGUCAUGAGGCUGAAGACUUGAAAACGCUAAUCAGACACAUGGAGCAUUGGGCACAUAGGCUAUUCCCUAAGCUGCAAUUUGAGGAUUUUAUUGACAGAGUUGAAUACCUGGGAAGUAAAAAGGAAGUUCAGACCUGUUUAAAGCGAAUUCGACUUGACCUGCCUAUUUUACAUGAAGAUUUUAUUAGCAAUAAUGAUGAAGAAGGAGAAAAUCAUGGCCAUGACGUAACGGCUACCCAAUCAGGUCCCUUCUUGACAAACUCCCUGGGAAGUGAGAAUUUUGCUUCUGAGUCAAGUAGAAGCCUAACAGAAGAACAACAACAGAGAAUUGAGAGAAAUAAACAACUGGCCUUGGAAAGAAGGCAGGCAAAGCUAUUGAAUAAUAGUCAGUCCCUUGAAAAUGACUUGUUAAUAAACACACAGAGCACUGAAGAGGUUAAUACAGAUGAGGAUCAAGAGGAGUCAUUGGAUGGAUUUAGCAAAGACAUUCUAGAUAGUCCACAUGCUGCUGCCGCUGCUGCCAAUACUGUAAGUGAAGACGACGAAUUAAAAACAGAGACAACACAACUGGACCCUUCCUUUUAAAAUAUAUAGUCAUUAACUUUAUGCUUUUUCCAGAACUGUUACUGAGAUUGGAUAGGCUUCAACUAAGAGAAAAUCUAUUAACUUCUUACCCUCUAAGUUUUAGAUUAGUAUAUAUUUUGUCUACUUGGAGUGAAAAUUCUUAUGUAGUAAGACUUUCACAGAUUCCUGUUUAAAAUAUUGUAUUAUUUGUAUUUGUACUUGUUUCUUUAGUUGAGCCUGUUUAUUUAGUGUUUAUUUUUAUAUAGAUGUGACUUUAUAAAAGUGAUUAGUAGUUAAGAAGCACCUUCUGCUGCUAGAGUGCCACUGAAUGUCGUUUUCACUAAAUUGGGGAUUUUGAGAUGUAAAUGUAUAAUAAAUAUUAAUGUCCAUUAAAAAAAAGAAAUCUUA